AUGAAAUCAUUGAAAUAUGUAUGUAAUAAUAAUUAUAUAAAAAAAAAUAAAAUUUUUCAUCAUAAUAUAGUUAAUUUUACAGUUUUAAAAAAUUUUAAAAAUGAAGAAUUAAUCAAAAAUUCAAAAAAAAUUUAUUGUAAAAGAUAUACUUCAAGUAUUUCAAGAGAAUGUAAAGCAUUUAAUGAAUAUAACAAAACAAGGUUUAAAUUAGAAAAUAAUACUACAAAAAAUAAUUAUAAAAAUAUUAAAGUUAUAGAGAACGAAAAAGAAAGUGAAAAAGCUGUUGAAGAAAUAAAUCAAAAUGACAUUAUUGCAGUAGAUUUUGAAGGUACAAAUUUAGGUAAAUAUGGCAAAGUGUGUAUUAUGCAAGUUUAUACAGAAAAAAGGAAUAAUAAUAAAGCAGAUGAUAAAGUGAUUGAGAAAUAUUAUAUAUUUGAUUUACUAAAAUUAUCAGUUAUAAAUAGCGUAAAAAAAAUAAUUGAAAAUAAAAGAACACUGAAAUUAGUACACGAUUGCAGAGAAGAUAGCUCAGCCUUGUAUAACCAAUUAGGUAUAAAAUUUGAAAAUGUUUAUGAUACAUCAAGAGCGCAUAUGUUACUUAUGCAAAAAAGGAGAAAUAGAGAUAUAUAUCAAGUAAGUUUUUUGCAGCUUCUGAAUGAUUACUUGGGAAUUAAAGAUGAAUGCCUAAAUAAUAUAAAAAAAGAAAUGUAUAAAAAUGAAAAAAUUUGGGAAAUGAGACCACUAAGUAAAAUGUGCAUUAUUUAUGCCUUAAAAAAUGUUAAAUAUUUAUUACCUUUGUACAAAAUUUUUGAUAAAAUGGUUUCCAAAAAGGAAGUUUUGGAAAAAUCAAAAGAUUUCGUAAACUACUGUUUCCUUAAUUCUCGCUAUAAAUUACCGAAUGAUUUAGCUAAAAGGGGAAAUAUAAUAGAAGCGAUGCUAGUAAGCAAAUCAUUGAUAAAUUGUGUUUUUAAAUUAAAUAGUACAAGAAAAGGCAUAGCAUGUACUCCAUCAUCUGUUGCACAAUUUCGUGAUGUCAAUGUAGGUGAUGUUGUUUUGUGUGUAGUAAGCAAUAAAUCAAUAGAUCAAAAAGUUUUAUAUUUAUGUAAACAUGAUGAUGUAUAUGAUUACUGGAAUUUGAAAGAAAGACCAAGGGGAAAAUUUAAGCCCUCUAUACAUGAAAAUAAUACUGAUCCUAUGAUUAUGUUUUGUGAUGAGGAACUUUCAACUUAA